UCACGUGAUUUGACUUUUCUACUUCCUCCAUGUAAACAUAGGCGACCGCAGCGGAACGUUAAGUUACAUAGCUGACCUAGUCAUGGGCGACACGCCGUUUUAAAUGAUCUGCUUAACACAAUGUGACGAGUCAACGUUUGUAGGGAGCUUCACAUCGACUGUGAGUGGAAAAAACACCUGUACCGAAGAGGCUGUGAGAGUUUAAAGGCUGUGUGGGAAUGGGUUCCAUCCCUGUCUGGUCCAAAUGGAGAAUAAAGGGAGCGACGAGGUGGAAAAAUUGAAGACAAAGUUCUUGUCAGUGUGGCACAAUGUGAAGUACAGUUGGGCUCUAAAAUUAAAGACCUCAUUCAGUAGAAAUUCACCUGUGCUCCUCCUCGGAAAAUGUUACCAUUUUAAGGCUGAAGAUGACGACAGUCCAACAGAAGCCUGCUAUGAGCCCUCUGAAGAGGACUUCGUCAUGGGGAAUGUGGAGGCUUUCCGCAAGGAUUUUACAUCCAGAGUGUGGUUCACCUACAGGGAGGAGAUCCCUCCCCUGCCCGGCUCCACCCUGACCUCCGACUGCGGCUGGGGCUGCAUGCUGAGGGCAGGGCAGAUGAUGCUGGCUCAGGCACUUAUUCUGCAUUUCUUGGGCAGAGACUGGACCUGGUCGAAGGCGCUGGCACUCCAGCCUUUAGACACAGAGACGUGGACUACCACUGCAGCCAAGCGUCUGGUGGCCUCUCUGGAGUCUUCCCUGCAAAGUUCCCCCGGGCCCUCCGAUCACGAAUCACCACCCGUGCAACAAGCCCAGGCUUCGGCGUCUGCAGAGGAGGCUGAUGAACAUUUGAAAGAGAUGUACCACCGCACUCUGGUAUCCUGGUUUGGGGACAGCCCCUCGGCUCAAUUAGGCCUCCACAGACUGGUCCGCUUGGGCCUGACAAUGGGGAAACAGGCAGGGGACUGGUAUGGGCCUGCUGUGGUGGCACACAUCCUCAAGAAAGCUGUCGAGGAAGCGAUGGACCCUAGCUUGGCGGGUAUAACCGCUUAUGUCUCCCAGGACUGCACAGUGUACAGUGCUGAUGUCAUCGAUAGCCACAGGGCACCGAAACCAGGGCAGGCCUCUCCUGAGAGGUCAGAUGCCCCUCCAACCCCACAGAACAACCAACCAGCACCUGCCUCCACCCUGUCAGACAGCCGAGCUGUCAUCAUCCUUAUCCCUGUACGGCUGGGAGGGGAGAAGACAAACCCUGACUAUUUUAACUUUGCUAAGAGCAUACUGAGUCUGGAGUACUGCAUAGGCAUCAUCGGAGGGAAGCCCAAACAGGCCUGCUACUUUGUAGGAUUUCAAGAUGACAGCUUGAUUUACAUGGACCCUCAUUACUGUCAGUCUUUUGUGGAUGUCAGCACCAGCGAUUUCCCUCUCCAGUCAUAUCAUUGCCCCUCACCAAAGAAGAUGCCUUUCAGCAAGAUGGACCCAAGCUGCACCAUAGGUUUCUACUCGAGGAGUGUUCAAGACUAUGAGAGAAUCAGACACGAGCUGUCCAAGGUGCUGCAGCCGUCAGCGAAGGAGAAAUACCCCGCGUUCACUUUUGUACAAGGUCACGGCAGAGAUUACGACCUGUCGGCCAGCCUGACCCCGGAGAAGAGAGAAUGGCCCUUCAUCCGUGACCCGCGGAGGACGGUCACCACCACCGGGGACUUUGUGCUGCUUUGACAGCGCCGUUUAAAAGACUACUGCCGGGAAACUUCUUCUUUUAAUGAAUCAAAUUUCUUCAUGUCUAAAGCCUUGUAUCUGAGCCUGUUGUGACACUGAAGGUUAUAGAACUUUUUCUUUAUUUUUUAAACUACAGUAAUUCAGUUUAUACAUCCUGGAAACUUUGAAGAAGCAAUUUUGUCACAACUGUUAUUAACUGUUAUUUGUUGCCUAGCAAUGUGAGCUUGCUAAACAUUUUGUCAGGAAGCAUUGGGACGUUGUUUUCGUUGCCCUGCUUCAUUUAAUGACCUAAAAAGUUUGAUAUGCCCACCCAGAGAAGAGAAACACUACUCAUUUUUCAGCAUUAUUUCUAAUUUUAUAGACUUGAGGCAAGCAACUAGAUCAACAAACAAGAUUAAAGGAGUUUCGGUGUAGCUUACAUGAAGGGAUUUGCUUAGGUCCAGUUCAGCACUCUGACUUUGACGUGCUUUCAAGGCCAACAAUGUCAUGUGGCUAAAAUCAGUGUUGGCCCACUUUACAAUAUUUAGUUUCUAAAAUGUGGACAGCACUGUGCAAAUGAGUAUUGUAAAAGCCUUAAUUAUUACGGGCCAAUGGCUCUGUGAAGACAGAGCCAAGAAACUUUGUCCAAACUUCUCUGCCAAAAAUAUUAUCCACAACAGGAGCAUAUGGGACGCACACUUUGAAGGACACUUUCUUCAUAAUUCUGCCAACAUUUCAUUUUAUUUAUUCACACUAGAGCUCAUUUCUUUCCCCGAGCAAUAAUAUAUGAUGGUGUUGUGUGAUUAUAUGAUUGUUUGCCUGCCUUCGCGCGGGUUUUGAGCGGUAUUAAUCUUGACUGAGUUAUGCAUCACAGCGUCAGUGACCAGUGGUGACAGGAGAGUUUGUCAAAGGGAUAAUGUCAUGUGCUACAUCUCAGUAGACACUAUCUGUUAUAAAUGACCCUUUACAAUAGAAUUCUUUAGAUGUGAAAGGAUUUGCUGGAUGACGCAUUUAAAACAGUGUCAGGUAGAUGGUACAGCAGCAAUCUAGGACACAUGAAGUUAUCAUAGAGACAUGCUAUAUUAACCCCCAAAUCAAUAUUAUUAUUUGUACAAGCUGUGGCCAAUUAUUUCAAAGCAUUUUUUAAAUAAUUUCUUCAUAGAAAAGACAUUUUCUAACAUUUCAGGUUAUACUUUAUUACUGUAUUUGAUUUUUUUCUUCUUUUUUUUCGCUAUUCUAGUCUCUAGCAGUGAGUAACUAAAUGAUCUAUUGCUGUUCUUACGAAACACUUCUACAAUAACUACACCUAAACAAACUACAAGUGUACAGGAAUACACGUUAGGCAAGAAAACUUGACCAUGCACUUUGAUUUAUCACUUCAGAAACUCUGACGUAUACAGAUUCUUUUUUUUUUAUGUUUUCUGCAUGUCUGUUUGCAUAAAUGAACUCACAAAAUGUACCUUUUAAAAUGUUUUUAACACUGCCAGGCAAAAAAAAAAAAAGUUGAAUAAAGUCAAAAUAUUUGAUU